UGUCAUUUUAUUAAAAUAAAAAAUAUAAAUAAAUAAAUAAAAAAUAUUAUUCCAAUAUAAUUAAAAUGCAAAAUAUUUUAUUUCCAAAGUUAACUUGUCUUCCAAGUGAUCACCAAACAAAACUAAAAAAUUUAAGGUUUUCCUUUACAGACGUCGCGUUCGCCGUAAAAGAUUCACAUUUAAAAUGGUCUUAAAAAUACCAAAAAACAAACGAAAUUCCGAACUCUUCGUCCGACAAAAAUUAGCCCCUCCCGAACGAUGUUGAAAAAGUUCGAAGUUGCACUCAAAUUGCCUUCUCAAAAUGUAGUCUAUGCGUCUACGACGAAAGGUGGAAUGAAAGUCCUUUACGAGGGUCAUUAUUUCAAGUAUGUUUUUAAACGUUACGAAUGCGGAGUCUUCCAAUGUUGUUACAAUGAGAAUAAUGAGCAAUGUGAUGCUCGAAUAAUUGUAAAUCGGAAUCUCGUUUAUCCUCUGGACGGAGGUCAUAAUCAUUUUAAUCAAGCCACUGACAAGAGUGUGACUUCUGUGUUGAUUGAAGGGUUAGAUACUGGAGAAGAUCAUUCUGCUGAUGAUGAUGCUAACUAUAAACCAAUUACAACACAUAAUUUGAAUAUGGGUGGAAGAGAUGAGUUUGUUGUAAUGGAAGUUAAAGAAUCAGUUUCGGAUGGAAGUAUACUUCCUCUUCAGACUAUCUCAAUUCAUGAUGAAAACUAUCAACCAACAAAGAGUGAAAUAUUGUCGCCUGAACAUCAUGUUACUGAUAGUCAAGUAUUGAAGAAGAAUGCUGAUGAUUUGAGAGAGAAGAUCAAAAAAAGGCUUCAGCAGGCGUUAAUGAAGAAGAAAAAAAGCCAACAAUAAUAAUUAUUUAAUGAUGGUGUCGAAAUUAAUUAUUCUUUAAUUGGAAAUAACUUCCGAGAUGAAUAAUAUUGUACGCCAUCAAAAUAAAUAGACACAAUACAUAAAUAUAAAUGUAUUUUAUUCUUUUUUUUUAAUUUUUGUAUCUUAUAAUUUGUAUAAGUUUAAAAUUUCAUACUAUUCAAUUAUGAGAAGAAUUCUCGUUUGUUAAAUAAACAACAUUUAUAUGAGUAUAAGAAAAUAUUCUUUAUCUUCUAUUUAAUAAAAAUAAAGUGCCUUUUUGUGUAACUGUUUAAUGUAAUUUGGUUUCGGUUUGUUUCAAAAUAAAUUUUAACAAUAAAAAUAUAUGUCCAAAAUUUAAGCUAUAAAAAUUAGUUUAUUGUUUUUUAUUCCUUAUGUAUGCAAAAUAUUUAAAAGA